UUUGCCAUUUGGGCUUUACUUACUUACUUACUUACAGUCCACUCCUUCAAAUCUCUACCUUACCAUCUUUCUCUUACUUUUCCCGCUCUAUUUCUCUCUCACACUUCAAUUUCCCCAUCUUCUUCAACCUCUUUCUUCUCCACACAUAUUCACAUUACUAUGACGUAACCUCUGCUUUUCUCAUUUCAAUUCAACAAUGGAGGAUUCCACUCCCAAGAAGAAACCUACCAAACUUCCUCCCAAUCUCUCCAAGUUCGAGGAUUCACCAGUUUUCAACUUCAUAAACAGUCUAUCCCCCAUAAAGCCAGUUAAAUCCAUUCACAUUACUCAAACAUUCAACUCCAUUUCUUUCCCUUCCCUUCCAGUUUUCACUUCCCCACCACAACACCAUUUCAGUCCUCUCAAGUCCCCGAAAAGGCCGAAUUUUUCGAACCCAUCGAGAUCCCCGCCUCCACCAGUUUCUAAAAAUGAAGGAGGAGCGGUUAUCAUAAUGGAUCAGUUACUGGAGAUUUUCGUGCCCGAAAUUCCGACGGCUUCAACUCCGGUAAUUCCGCCACCGGAAACGGUUGAUUCCGAUGCCGGCGAGGUUGUGAUAUUUCAUUGUCCGAUUAGCACUGAAGCUAUGGAGGAAGAAGAUGAGGCUUUGUUCCAAAACGACGGCGCUUUGGCUACAAUAGAGGAGAACAAGCCUCUGUCUAACCUACAUAGCGGGAACAUGAGGAGGCGAUGCUUAGAUUUCGAAAUGGCGGGAAACCCCGUUUCGGCGACUGUGGAGGCGAGGACCGGUGACGCUUCAAUCCCUGCUUCUUCUUCUUCUUCUUCUUCGUCAUUCCGACGCACUCUUCCUAGUAUCGGUUUGCACUUGAAUGCUCUUGCAGCGACUUUGAAGCACUCCGAUUCAGACAAUAUUUGUUCCGAUACCCAGCCCAGUUUUCCCAGCUCAUCUGCUCCCAUUUUUGCUUCAAAUUCCACUUCAGAUCAACUCUUGUUGGCUUCAUCUACUCCUGAAAGUGAAAACCCUCCUCAAGAAUCUGCAAAUCUGACUGGAGAAGAAAUCAGUCACACCAACCCUAAAAAUAAUUGGCAAUCAAUGGAAAAUGCUGGAGUUGGGGCGUGCAAACGUUGUAACUGUAAGAAAUCUAGGUGCCUGAAGCUAUAUUGUGAAUGCUUUGCUGCUGGCGUGUACUGCAUUGAACCGUGUUCAUGUCAAGACUGCUUCAACAAACCUAUACAUGAAGCGAUGGUUCUUGAGACUCGCAGACAGAUUGAAUCUCGCAAUCCCCUUGCAUUUGCUCCUAAAGUGAUCAUGAACUGUGAUUUGAUUUCCGAACUUCGGGAUGAUUCAAACAAAACUCCCGCUUCUGCUCGACAUAAACGAGGAUGCAACUGUAAGAAAUCAGGUUGCUUGAAAAAAUACUGCGAGUGUUAUCAGGGUGGCGUUGGAUGCUCCAUCAACUGCAGAUGUGAAGGUUGUAAAAAUGCAUUUGGGAGGAAAGACGAAUCAGCUCUAUUAGGAACUGAAAUCGAACAAGAGGAAGAAGGCAGAGAACAUUGCCAAAAAACCAUAGAUGUACAUAGCGAUGAAGAUCGGCAGAACCCAAGCAAUGCUGCUCCCUCGACACCACUAGGACCAAACAGAUCAUUGAUUCCAUUUCCAUUCCAACUGAAGAGGAGACUUCCAUCUUUCCUCAACGACGAGUCAUCCUCUAGAUUGAGUGUUCGAUUCAAACUCGAGAAGCAUGGCAUCACUCAAACAGAGCCCAAGUUUGAGAAAACACCCUGUGAGGAUGUGACGCCAGAAACACUUUGUAAUGGUUGCCCUUCUAUCACAGGUGUUAAGAGUGUUUCUCCCAACAGUAAGAGGAUUACUCUACCACUACCACAGGCCGAUUUCAGGCCGCUGCCCUCGACUAGAAUUGGUCGGAAACUAAUUCUGCAGUCCAUACCCUCUUUCCCUUCUCUCACUAAUCAAACCUCAGGAAUAAAUGGACCCAGUGAACUGUAAAGCCUGCCCAUAUCCUGUCUUCUUCUGAGCCAUUAAGGACACCUCAACCUUAUGUGCAUUUGGAGAUCAAUUGGACUUAGGUAUAGGUGGUUGCUUCCCAUUUGUCCCUGAAUCUGUCAUCAAGUCUAGGUCUACUAAUGUUAAUGGAUAGUUUUUCUUUUUGAAUUGUACUUUUUCUGACAAAGUUGUUAGAAACAGUUCAAUUUUGAUUUUGUGUAGUGAAGCCCCAGUUUUUUGGUUUAGGUUAAAUAUGGUGAUGAUUUGAUUAUCUCUAUACUAUAUCCUUGCUCCCAUUAAAUAAAAAACUCCUCUCUUAUUUUCUCGAUGAAAAAAA